AUGUCAUUGUGUCAGAAUCGCCUCCAAGAAGAGCGGAAGCAAUGGCGUAAGGACCAUCCGUUCGGCUUCUACGCCCGGCCGCAAAAGAACGCCCAAGGAGUGCUUGACCUCAAGGUGUGGGAAUGCGGUAUUCCAGGCAAAGAGAAGACAAUCUGGGAAGGCGGCCUCUUCAAGCUGGUCGUUACUUUCCCCGAUGAAUAUCCCACGAAGCCACCUAAGUGCAAGUUCGUGCCACCGCUCUUUCACCCAAACGUCUACCCCUCCGGAACUGUUUGUCUCUCGAUUCUCAACGAGGAGGAGGCUUGGAAGCCGGCAAUCACAAUCAAACAGAUACUUCUCGGCGUCCAGGACCUCCUCAACGACCCGAAUCCGGAGUCCCCAGCACAGGCCGAAGCGUACAAUAUGUUCAAGCGGGAUCGGACGCAAUACGAGAGGCGCAUCAAACAGAUCGUGCGCGAGAAUGCCGCCCCAUAG